AUGUUCCUUCGUCACCAGCCAUUCAAAGGACUGUAUCUGGCUUUCGAGCUUCUACUGACUCUCUUCGUGCGAAUACCUGUGUGGACCAUUCUGUCACUGCCAAGGUCAUGGCGCCCUCGACGGUCCUGGGAUAUGAGACGUGUCAUAUGGGUGCGACUCAUCAAGUUGAUCAUCGAGCUACCGAACAGAACUGGCCCCAUAACCACAGUUCCAAACCAUCUCGCGAUUACCCCGGGCGUGGGCGUGAAUGGGGUCUGGGUCGAGCCUGUACCACAACUAAUCACUUCCCCCCUCUCUGAAUGGGCAGCGAAAGCAGCAGUUUCUCCGAUCAGGAUCCCAGGAUAUUGGAUUCACAAGAAAGGCUCAACCAUUCCGGUGGGCGCGCCUCCUAUGCCUGGCGAAAAGGUCGUGUACUCAAUGCACGGCGGUGCCUACGUCCAUGAAUCCGCGCACCCUACACAACCCGUUGCAGCCAUCAGCAGAGGGUUCCUCAAGCACGCUCAAUCAGUGCACCGAGUCUUUUCCAUCGAAUACCGGCUAUCUUCAUCCCGCCCUGUGCCGUUCGCACCGUUUCCAACUGCACUCAUCGACGCGCUAGCUGGUUACGCGUACCUCGUAAACGAAGUCGGGUUCCACCCAGCCGACAUCAUCUGCGAGGGUGACUCUGCGGGCGGCAACCUUGCGUACGCUCUCACGCGCUAUCUGGUCGAACAACACAACAAUGGCAACACCCAGAUACCCGCCCCGCCAGGAGCCUUAUUGCUCCUGUCUCCCUGGGUCGACUUGUCCUUCUCUCACGACGAAAAUCCUGAGACCGACGCGUCCCAUCGCUUCGUCAACUCGGAUUAUAUCGAUAUACGGCCAGGAAUACAGGGAGUGAAUUAUCCCAAAGUGGCUUUCCUUGGUCCUCAUGGGUUCGCCGCCGCGGAGACGAACCGAUAUAUCUCCCCGGCAGCGAAGAAUCCGGCUAUCUUCAAUACCGAGAACCCAAUGGAGACUCCUCUAUUCAAGGGAUUCCCAAGGACGUUUAUUGUUGUAGGCGGUGCCGAAGUACUAUACGACCAGAUCAAGACAUUCAUCAGUCGAAUGGUCAGCGAGUUGGGUGCUGGCGACGGGCUCAACGCCGGCGAAGGCAAGGUGGCUGUUCACGAAGCCCCCGACGCUAUCCAUGAUUAUCUCGUAUUCCCCUGGCACGAGCCUGAGCGCAGCGAGACACUCAAUGCCAUCGCUACUUGGAUCGAUGCUGAUAAAGCGUGA